AUGAAAUUUCGCAAUUAUGUCGAUACAUGCAAUGAGACGGCAUCAUUGGGACAGGCAGUGGAUUUGGUUCAAAAUAAUAACAUUAUAGCAUUUAUAGGGCCGGCAUGUAGUGAUGAUCUCCAGGUUGUGGGACGUCUGGCAUCAUAUAAGGGAAUCCCAUUAUUGACAGGUUUAGGUGAUGUGAUUUAUGGCGAGCGAUCCACUUAUAGCACAUUGAUUCGGGCCUCAUAUGACCUCUGGGAUGAGGCCCGGGCUAUACUGGCCUUCUUAUCACACCUCAAUUGGUAUCACUUCGGACUGAUCUACCGUCAGGGGGACGUCUACUACCAAACACUUGCCGAGCAAUUGCUUAGUUUGUUGACUAAACCAGAAUAUUCCCAUCGUUUCGAGUGUACGUGCAAAGAGGUGUACGUCAGAGACAUCCAUAAAACCAUUUUGACUGAUUUGGACAAA